CACCCGGAAGUUCCCGUUGUUUUGCAAUUAUGUUUUCAAUGAAAAUAUAUAUGCUAGUUGAGGUUGAUAUCUUCUAUUGAAUGAUUUGAUAAUAUAUUAGCUAGGGUUGAGCGUGCUGCAUGUUGACUGAAGAAAGGACAUGACAGUUUGAUUGGUCACGUACUCAUUUUGAGUGGGACAUGUUUUCAAAGAGGACAUAGGUGGGCUAUGUCUGUCCUCAGCUAUGACGCAUCUGUGGAAUUGUGAGCAAGCAGUUCGAAGGGGCAAGGAUUGGAAGCCAAUUAUCAAUAUCUGUCAGCAAUUGAAGCUGUAAUGUGGAUAACUUCCAAACAGUAAUAGCUAUGUUUAGUCACUAUUGUGAAAACUUGUGGACAAUGUUUUAUCUAUAAUUUUAGACUUUUUCAAAUCUACUUUUUAAAUUACGUGUUAGCGAUAUUAUCAUCAUAGUUAUGGCUGCAUUGAGUGCCAGAAGCUUCCUCUUAAACCUAAGGUACACCGUCCAUAGAGUUGGAAGUUCUGUAAGAGUCCGACUCAUACCUAGCACCAGAACAUGUCUUGUCAAAAGAGGCCAGAUUUUAACCCAGAUGCCAAAAGUCACCCUGCUGUGCUGGGGAGCAGUGAAUGCCACAUCCUGUAUGGCAAGAUGCCAAGAGGCCUCCCUGGCACCCCAGACUACAGAGAGGAAGUCUGUAGCCAAAGUCCAGGUGCACAAGCUGGUGUUCUUCUUGCGCCUAAGCCUGCGCGCCCUGGUGUUACUCCUGAAGUUCGGCCCGCUCCUGUUGCUCUAUCCUCUGACUGUCAUCUCCUCUUACUGGGCCUCUCGCUGGCUGGAUGCCCUGCUGUGGGUCACUGAGACCUCUGGUCCUACCUACAUUAAGCUGGGCCAGUGGGCCAGCACACGCAGGGACAUCUUCUCCCAGGACUUCUGUGAAUGUUUUUCCAGGCUGCACGUGCGUGUGCGUCCCCACUGCUGGGCCCACACCAAGCAGUGUCUGCGCCGAGCAUUCGGGGAGGGCUGGAGGAGGCUGUUUGUGUUUGAGAGCAGGGAGCCUGUAGGGUCAGGAUGCGUGGCUCAGGUGUACCGGGGAUGGGCCAGGGUGGACAGCGUGGAAGACACAGCCUUCCAGGCCCUGGUGGAGGAGAUGGAGAGAGAGGAUAUGCUGGAGGCCUGGGAGAUCCUGGGACUAAAGGGUGUCCUGGGGACUUUUAGGGGGCUGUGGAAGGGGAAAGAGGAGGACGAGGGCCAUCAUGAAACCAGGGAGAGGAGCUACACAGACGCCCCUAAUGGGGACGGUACAGAGAAAGAGCAUCUGAUUCCUGUAGCUAUUAAGGUGCUUCAUCCAGGGAUCAGGAGACAGGUAGAGAUUGACAUGCUACUGAUGAGGGCAGGCAGCUGGCUCAUCAACUGUCUGCCUGGAUUCAAAUGGCUCAGCCUGCCUGAGAUAGUGGAGGAGUUUGAGGUGCUCAUGACCAAACAGAUUGACCUGCGGUUUGAAGCCAAUAACAUCGAAAAAUUCCGGGAGAAUUUCAAGGAUGUUGAUUUUGUCAAGUUCCCAACUCCUCUUCGACCAUUUGUCACCAGGUCAAUUUUAGUGGAAACCUUUGAGGAGAGUGAGCCCAUCUCCAACUACCUGAGACCGGAGGUCCCUCUAAAGGUGAAACAGAGAAUUGCCAGGAUGGGAGUAGAGACACUUCUCAAGAUGGUGUUUGUGGAUAACUUUGUGCAUGCGGACCUGCACCCGGGUAACAUCCUGCUCCAAUGUAGCGGGGGUGGAGGGGACAACGACCCCCAGGAAAGGGUCACCCUGACGGACCUGUGCGACACAGUGGUGGUGAGCAUGAGGCCGGCCCCGGCCCCUCUGCAGCUGGUGCUUCUGGACGCUGGCAUCGUGGCACAGCUCAACGACAGAGACCGUAGGAACUUCAGAGCCGUGUUCACCGCCGUGGUGCUACGACAGGGGGAACAAGUGGCAGAGCUGAUCCUGAACCAUGCCAGGACCAAUGAGUGCCAGGAUGUGCCACGGUUCAAGAAGGAGAUGGCAGAGCUGGUGGACCAUGCCCUCAGCAACACUCUCUCACUGGGGAAGGUCCAAGUAACUGAUUUGCUAUCCAGAGUCUUUGGAUUGCUCAUCACCCACAAGGUGAAGUUGGAGAGUAACUUUGCGUCCAUUGUGUUUGCCAUCAUGGUGCUGGAGGGGCUGGGGAGGUCUCUGGACCCGAACCUGGACAUACUGGAGCUGGCCAAGCCUCUGCUGCUCAAGAACGCUGCCUCCCUCCUCUGACCCUGACUCCUCUCACCCGCAUACCACCACAUCUGAGCAACACAGAAAUAGGCAGUGUUUGAGAGCAUCACCGACUGAGCAGGCUGACAUACAGUAGGGCAAAAAAGUAUUUAGUCAGCCACCAAUUGUGCAAGUUCUCCCACUUAAAAGAUGAGAGAGGCCUGUAGAGGCCUUUUCAUCAUAGGUACGCUUCAACUAUGACAGACAAAAUGAGAAAAAAAAAAUCCAGAAAAUCACAUUGUAGGACUUUUAACUUUUAACUUUUUCCUGUGGUUGUUAGGGCCCAGUAUUUCUUGGUCACACGGUCUGUAAAAAAAUGUUGGCCCUCUGCAUGUUUACAUUAGUGACUGACUGAAUAUACCUUGUAGUGUGUACUUUUUACCUGUGAAAUGUGAAUAAUUGGUUGAUUAAAGUAUCCAAAAAUCUCAAUAACUACCCAUGUAAACGGUUCCUUACCUUACCCAUAGUCAGAUUAACUGUCAUCAUUUAUACUUAAAUGCCCAUGUGAUUUCCGUGUUUAAAAAAGAGAAUGUUGUGCUUACACUAUUUGUCAGCACUACAGACUAUUUUUCCAUUUAAUAAAAUAGAAGUGAGUUAACAUAUCUGAAUUAGUGACAAUCCUUAGUAUAUCGUUUUAUACCAUUCUAGCAAUCUCAGGGUAUUGUUAGGACAAAGUAAUGUGUUUAGAAUCAUGUCUGAUGGCUAGCGAAAAUCUUCCUUUUAGUAUGUAUUAGAAUAUACCAAGGUGUGUCAAGUCAACUGACCUCCCCAUUCUCUAUGAUAACACUACAUUGCCAUUUUAUAAGUAUUUUUUACACUCGCUAGUGAAAUAUAUUUUAUAUGGUUAGAUCAUUAAAUAA